AACCACACAUUCAUUUCCAACGCCAAUUUUUCAUCCAAUCCAAUCCAAUCCAAUAAUCAUAAUCCAAGAAACUUAUGAUAAUAAUCUAAUACUCCUAGGUCAUGAGUCAAAGUCUUCUCAUUCCUCUCUCCCUCUAAUAAAAGAGAAACAAAACAAAAAAAUAGCACCUAAGGAUCUUCACAUAAUAUUGUUCUUGAAAGUUUAAGAGACAUGGAAAGUGAAAGCAAUCUCAAGCAAAAACAGAAGCUAGAGGUAUAUGAUAUUCUAAAGGAAGCUAUAAUUUUAUAUGUUAAAAAUAUCAACUUUAUCAUCUUCACUUUUUUCAUUUCUCUUCCUCUUUUUUGUAUCAUGGUUUACUUUGAAAUUCAGUUUCAAGAAACCUUAGUUGAAACCUUCCAUAUUUUUUAUCCAAAGCAUGUUGACUAUGACAUACUAGAUCGUAUGAAUAAUGAUUAUUACCUUAAGUUGAUUCAACUUGGUUUGAUUUAUAUAUUUCCUCUCCAACUUCUUGAGUUUGGUAUUGCAAUUGUUACUAUAGAUUUAUCUUCAAAGUUAAGUUCACAACAAGAGAAGAAAAUGACCCUUAAGGACAUGUUUGAAAAACCAAUCCAUUCAUCAAAUUUGAGAGGCUCAUUUCUCACUUUUAUCUAUGUUGUUUUCUUGACAACUACUCAUCAACUUGGAUUACUAUGGAUAGUUAUAAAUUAUCUAUGUUUGAAGGAUUUGAGUUAUGUGAUUUUUGGUAUGAUUUUCAGCAUGUUGUUUGCAAAGGUGUUAAAGAUGUAUUUGGAAUGGAGUUCUAUGUGGAAUAUGAGUCUUGUAAUGUCAAUAUUGGAGGGUAUAAAUGAUUUUCUUGCUAUUAUAUUGAAGGCUAUGAACAAGGAAAUGGAACUUACUUACAAGUUGGAUUGUUCUGCAUGGUGAUUCCAUUGAAAUGGGUGGUUUUCAUGAUCUAUUUCAAUGAUUGCAAGGAGAGACACUUGGUAAAGAAAAUAGAUGAGGAAUUAGGCAAUUGAGUUUAGUUUAGUAAUAGGAUUGAGGUAGUUUUAUGGUUAUGCAGCUACUUUAAUAUGUUUUUAAACAAUAAAAUGUUAUCAAUGUAUUAGGAGUUUAUGAAUUUGACCAACUUUAUAAUUGAUAAUUUUUCUAUUCA